AUGGCUGAGCAAGUGGAAGACAUAAUUACGGGUCUUGAACAGGGGCAAAAAGAAUUUAAUGACAAAAUGAGUAAGAUCAUGGACCUACUAAUGGGCAAAGGGAAAGUAGUGCGGCUACAAGAUAAGGAGGAGGAUUCAGACCCCGCUCAUCCUCCGGGGUUCACCUUGGUCCAUGGGCAAACAUCAGCACAAUCUCCGGUUGCCACUGAAAAUUCCCUACUGAAUAGUGCUUCUUUCAUUCCUAUUGCACCAAUGCCAAGAAUUCCAAUAGUUGGAGUACCCCCGAUAAUGAUGACAGAUGCGGGGGUAAGAAAAAUCGCAACUGAGCAUCGCUGUGAUGUGCUUGAAGAACGGUUAAGAGCCAUUGAAGGAUCUAAUUCAUUUUUUUUUGUUAAUCCAGUGGACCUCUACCUAGUACGGAAAGUGGUCCUACCACCAAAAUUCAAGAUCCCAGACUUUGAGAAGUUCGACGGAACCUGGUGUCCUCAAACCCAUUUGCGAUUGUACUGUAAGGUGAUGGCAGCGUACUUUGACAACGAAAAACUGAUGAUGCACUGCUUUCAGAGCAGUUUGAUAGGGUCGGCCAUCCGUUGGUACAUACAACAAAAUAGGACUCGAGUCCACACUUGGAAGGACUUGGCCAAUGCCUUCCUGGUCCAAUAUUGUCAUAUGGUGGAAAUGGUGCCAAAUCGAGUGACCUUACAAGAGAUGGAGAAGAAGCCCUUGAAAACAUUCAGAGAAUACGCUUAUCAAUGGAGGGACAUAACUAUUCAAGUGGACCCUCUAGUAAAUGACAGUGAGGCCAUCUUUUUGUUUGUGGAAACAUUGAAAGACCCCUACUAUGGUUAUCUUCGAGGAGCAACUCCCCACAAUUUCAUGGACAUUGUAGCCAUAGAAGGGAGGAUUGAGGUCGACAUCAAGGCAUGCCUGAUCAAGGAUGGUAAUGUUGAGACUGGUCCGAGUAAGAAGUGGACUAAUAGGAAGAAAGAUGAGGAAGCACAGAUGGUUCAAGGGCAUUAUUACCAAAGUAGACGAAACUAG